AUGAUGUCCCUUCGCUCCGCUGUGCGGAGAGCUUCCACCAAGCCCCUCCGAUCCUUCUCCGCACCACACACUGUCUCCCCCCUUCGCAGUGUGAUUGCCCGCGCCCCGGUGUCGACUCCUCAGCGCCAGAGCCGUGCCUACUCUCGUGCUACUGACCCUCACCUGACCUCUACUCGCAACACUGUCGUGCAGCUGUUGAGCAACAUUGGCUCCAAGCGUGAGGUGCAGCAGUACCUCUCCCACUUCACCUCAGUCUCCUCCCAGCAAUUCGCCGUUAUCAAGGUCGGUGGUGCUAUCAUUACUGAGCACCUGCAGACCCUCUCUUCCGCUCUUGCAUUCCUUAACCAUGUCGGCCUCUACCCGAUCGUCGUUCACGGCGCUGGCCCGCAACUGAACCGUAUGCUGGAGGCCGCGGGCGUCGAGCCCCAGUUCGAGGAUGGAAUCCGAGUUACCGAUGGUAAGACCCUGGCACUGGCUCGCAAGCUUUUCCUGGAGGAGAACAUGAAGCUGGUUGAGGAGUUGGAGCGCAUGGGUGUGCGUGCUCGUCCCUUGACCGCGGGUGUUUUCUCCGCCGACUACUUGGACAAGCCCAAGUACAACCUGGUCGGUAAGAUCAAUGGUGUCGACAAGAAGCCCAUUGAGUCCGCUAUCGCUGCGGGCUGCUUGCCUAUCCUGACCUCCAUGGCCGAGACCCCCGAUGGACAGGUUCUCAACGUUAACGCGGACGUCGCGGCCGGCGAGCUGGCCCGCGCUCUGCAGCCAUUGAAGAUUGUCUACCUGGCUGAGAAGGGUGGUCUCUUCAACGGUGACACUGGCGAGAAGAUCUCUGCCAUUAACCUGGAUGAGGAGUACGAUCACCUGAUGACUCAGUGGUGGGUGCGUCACGGUACUCGCCUCAAGAUCAAGGAGAUGAAGGACCUCCUGAGCGAUCUUCCUCGCUCCUCCAGCGUGGCUAUCAUCCACCCUGCUGAUCUCCAGAAGGAGUUGUUCACCGACUCCGGCGCUGGUACUCUGAUCCGCCGCGGUAACAAGAUCCACGUCAAGACCUCUCUCUCAGAGUUCGAGGACCUGCAGGCGCUCAAGGAUGUUCUCAUCCGUGAUCGUGAGGGUCUUGAUGCCCGUGCCGUUGUUGACCGUUACGUCGAGGGUCUCAAGGAGCACGAGUUCAAGAUCUACUACGAUGACCCCAUGGAGGCCCUGGCUGUUGUUCUGCCCCCCAGAACGGCUCUGUCGUUGCCCAGAUGGCUACUUUCACCAUCACCAAGUCGGGUUGGUUGA